GUUUGUUUGAAUACUAAACCUUGUCAAGCAAUAGAUCAGUAGCUAAGCACUUUGUUUCCUUCCCUGGCUGACAAAAUCAAUGAGAAAAAGGAAUUUAUUAAAUGAAACAUAGACAAACUUGUUAUAUGAUUCUUGUUCUGUUUUGUAUAUAAUUCAGUUAUAAUAUCGCAGUUAAGUCUUCAAAACUCCAUCGACCGGACAAAGAGAUAACACUUAAAUUAAAUCACGUCCCUCAAAUCGGUUUCAAACCUUGAAAAGAAGAGAUUACUUGUCUUGAUAGUGGCAAUUUAUAACAAUGCACAACCUGUCAUGUUUGUAAUGCUUUUAGUAAUCACAAGAAACACGUUACAGGCUUAAAGAAACACGUAAAGGAAGUACUGGAUACGGCAUUAGGGACGUGGUAAAAUCAUGUGCUGAUGCAAAACUUAAAGGCUAAGUGAUGAGAAGAAUCAAACUAGGGCUAAAGAGAUUGAGGACAAUGGCUUGGACAGGAAGACGGAGAUACCAAAAAGCGUUUAUCAUCCUCAUUCUGGCUCCACUGUGCCUGCGAUUAGCUCCUUUUUCUUUCUAUGACCAUAAGCAUCUUAAAAAUGGCAAAGUAUUUCACCUCAGCUUUGAUGGAGAAAAUCCUUUUCUAGCAAAUUUGAUGGAUUCUAGCGAUGGAAGAAAUCACGAGGGUUUCCCGUCUGUAGAUCAGCCAAAGCCUUUGCAUGACAAAGAAGACAACAGUGGAGGCAUUGCUACCGGGAUAGUGUCUGUUAAUACCAAAGAAACAUUUCACACAAACUCCGAUAAGCGACUCUCAUAUGGAAGGGAAAUGAAACACUCUAGCAUUGAAACAAUCAUACAAGAUGCACUGCAUUCAACUAAACAAAAUUUACAACAAAAAUAUACUUCUGAUCGUCUUAGAUAUAGCGAGAAUUUGAAAAGCCUCAAUGAUAUAGCAAAGACAAUUAGCACGUUAGGCAUCUCAAAUGGAAAAGUUAAUGUGUAUACAUAUCAUGACGUAUUUACAGAUUUCGACAACCUUAACUUGCAUUGGAAUCCAUUGUUUCCCCAUAUUCCACGACGAGGCUUUUUUGCCACAAAGCUGGAGGACGAUGACUGGGUACAUGAAACUAUUUCACGGAGAUUUCUUGGCUACCUUCACGCUAAUAAAACUGGAUAUUACACUUUCAAAUUUUAUUCUACAUCUCCUUUGGAUUUUCUUUUGUUCGAUGAAAGUUUUAGCAAGGAUAAGAUUUUACUUCGACUAGGCCAAUUAAGUACAGGUAUCCGAAAAUCGAAUGUUUUUCGAGGAGUUUCAAAAGAGAUUUGGUUGGAACAGGGCAAAGCGUACCCUAUAGAUUUAAUUCAUUCUUGCAUUGGAAGGGGACGUUUCUUACUACGAUGGAAGGAAAGAAACUGGCCAAUAUUUGCUGCUAUAGGUUUCCGCCAUCUUUCUUCUCUACAUAGCAACACUUCCGUGUUUAGCUCGCAACCAGAUAGUUACGUUUACACUGGUGGUGUUCCAGAGCUUCGUAGAAAAUUCCAGAACGACAGUAGAAUUCAUUUUGGUAGCAAAAUUCAGUUAACUAGCAAAUCAAGCAAAACAGGGCUUGAAGCAUGUGCUUACAAGCCGAGUUAUCUGUUUCUUGGAAAUAAAUUGAUUUUGUACUAUGGCCAGCUGCAGUUAAGAAAGGAAAAGAUUUACCCAAACGAUAAUGCUAAUUACAAGGCUAAUGAUGUUAAAAUGGAUCGAUUUCUCGGCGAGGAUACAGCAAAGGCAGUUGCAAACGAUGUUUUUGCUGCUGUCAACAAAGCAAAUAAUGGAAUAUUUGAACUUCAGAAUAUCGUUCAUGUAGAAGAGAAUCACGACAAGAAACGCUACUUAGUAGAGCUGGAUUUGAAAAGCAAAGUCGAUGGAAAAAUUUAUCGUUUCAGUGAUUACUUUCUGAGACCAGAUAAAAGCAGGAGACUUUGCCUUCCUGAAGGAUAUUCACAAUGGAAUCAUCAAGCUAAAAUCUACUUGAUUUGCGUCGUUAAAAAUCAGCGACAAUGGUUUCAGUAUCUCAUAAAAUCACUUGAAGAUUUGAUCAAAAGGACAGGAGAUAGGAACCUUCAUUUGGUGACAGUCGAUUUUCAUAGCACUGACGGAGACUUACAAAGCCUUUUAAAGAACAGCAAAUUGAACUAUACUUUUCUGCAGUUGACUGGGAAAUUUUCGAAAGUUGUGGGAUUGAAUGAAGGAGUCAGGCAUAUUCAUCGCAAUGACAGUAUAGUGUUUAUAAUGGAUUUAAAUUUACAGAUCCCUGAUCAUAUAUUUGAUCAAGCUAGAAAGCAUACGAUAGAAGGACUGAUGACCUACUGCCCAGUCUUGUUACGAAUGCCAGGGACAGAACAUCCCGAAUACACUAAGGUGGAAGAUUCCGCAUGGAUGGAGAUCGGCUACGGAAUGAUGUCAAUUUACAAAAGUGAUUGGCUUAGGGUUGGAGGAAUGAAUGAAACAUUUUUCAAAUAUAAAUGGGGAGGAGAAGACUGGGAGUUUGUUGACCGAGUUGUGAUGAGCAGACUCGAAAUAGUGCACCCAAGACUGCCUGGGUUUUAUCACAUAUAUCAUUCGACCAUUGGCACGUGGGACGGAUCGAAGACGUUUUAGUUCCAAGGUUAUUACAGAGAACUCAAAGUAUGACAUCAACAAGCAACACAAUAUUUCAAAAUUGUUUACCUUUGACCUCAUGACGUAAAAGAACACCAUGAAAUACUUCGAAUGUGGAAAACGAAAGAACUGCGAGUAUGGGACUAUGGGACUAUUGCACUUUGGCUGUUUUGACCUGUUUCAAAGAUUUGAGGACCAAGAGAGAACGACAGUAAUUUAUGAGGAAGGAGCUCCCUUUUGUAGCUAUACAUCUCAUCCAAUUUGUGGCACACUUUUUUAUAACGCUUCAUGAGGUUAUGCUAUUUGUUGUAUAGAACAUGACGGUUCUAAGUUGCUACUCUGAGUUUCAAGCUUAAUGUGACCAUCAGGCUUUUUGAAGUUAUAGUAUCAAAAACCCGAUGAAGUAUAGUAUCAAAAAACAUGUUUUAGAAGUUACUUCUUUGCAACUCUAUCGGAAAUAGGGGUAACUUGACAUCGUGAUUAUUCAUCCAAGAUUAUUAGGUCAAAAAGGAGUAUAUCGCUCCUGUGGCGAUUUUUACGAAUUCUUUAAAAAGGACUCUAUCUAUUGCAAAAGGAUCCCUGUUUUUUAAACAUUUUUGUAUGAUAUUUUUUCAAAGAGACAGUUGAGUCAAGUAAGAAUAGAUUUUUUGUAUGCCAAGGCUUCAUGCUGAUCUUCAAUUCCUGUCAAAAGUCUUUGAACGCUCUGUUGCUGUUUUACUGUUUUAAAAGUUAGUAGUGAGCAUAACUGUUCAUGGUCCUUCUCCCCCAAAUCAACAUCUUGUAGUGAUAAACUGCACAGUACUUUCAAUCUCUCAACAUGAAAUAAAACAAUCUUUUCAGAGAAAAGGAUACUAUUGAGAAUAUAAAGUAUUGCAAAAUUAGUGCAGAAAAAAAAGAUUUUUGACAUUGAAUGAGCAUCUUAGCAAAGCGAAUGAGCAUUGUUUGCAUGCAGAAGAAAACUCGAAUGACCAGAAAACGUCCUUUCACUUGAUUCGAGAAGUUAAGAUGUGAUGAAGACUUUGGUCUGAAGAAUUUUAAUGACGAGGAAAUGUGAGAAAGACUGGUAGUGCAGUAGUUAAUUCCUAUGCAUUAAUUUGUAAUGGUCAUUCUCAUUGAAAGAAAUUUGCUGUAAAAAGUCUGCUCUUUUUGCUGCCUUUUGGCUUUGAAAAAGGACUCAGUAACAAGGACGAACCACGCAAACAGCAUCGUAGAAGCAAAGGAUAAUUUUACGAUUUGAAAACAGGAAAAAAUUAAGCUUUAUACCAACUUUGUAAGACAAAAUUGAGCAUUUUGUAUACGUCGAAUUGUCAUUAAUAGCAGGUAAUCAGAAGCAUAGUUAAAGGUGGGAUAAAGCGGCAAAUUACAAAUCAUUACAAAAGAUCCUAUGAUUAAGUUGUUCUGUUGUACAUUGAAGUAGGGGAGGGGAGCAUUGCUACCAUAUGGCAUUUUUCUGAUUAACCAUUAUGGAUACGCAAAAAUACGUUUUCUUGCAGCAACCAUAUCUGAAGGUUCUACUUUUUGAAAUGCCUUUUCAGUCCGCAGGAAUAGACUUUUAAAUAUGUGGGAAAUGUUUUCGUACUUCUACUUGAAUAGGUGUUUUACGAUCUUGACAUAAUCU